GAGGUCAGAGAAGCUCUGUGUCGGGCAGUCAGCUGACAGGCGGCGGAUGCUCUGAGAUGUGGACCUGGUUAGAAGGAUGCUGCACGCGGAGGAUGACGCGUGGACUCAAACAUCUGUAACCUCCACCUCGGUGGACUGAUCCUUGGAGUUAAAGAUGGCUUCGAUGAGGAAGAGGUUCUCCUCCUCCUCAGUUGAAGAAGACGGUAUAAGCCUCUGUGAUAGCACUUCCUUUUCUACAUUUGAUCUAACCAGUGAAGAAGAACACCCCUACGCAUCUUUGCUCUGCUGCCACAGCAUCCAAGACUCUCUGCUGAGCUCUAACAGCAGCUUUACCGGAUACAGAGGCAUCCUCAACUGGAUCAUCAUCCUGCUGGUCCUGACUCAUGCUCACCUGUUCUUGGAGAAUUUCAUACAACAUGGAUUUUUGAUAGAUGUCAAAAAGGUUUUGGGACAUCUGAUUGAGGACAACUGCAACUGGCCGUCAGUCAUCCUCAUUCUGGCUGCCAACACGUUUGCUCUGAUAGCUUUGCUUCUGGAGAGGUCCCAGGAAAAGGCAAUGCUGUCUCUCUCCAACGCACAUCGUUUACACCUUACUAAUCUGGGGCUGCUGGUUCUAUUUCCUCCUGCUGUCAUCGUACACGAGCCUGCAAUGUCAACAGGUGGAGCAUUUUUCUCUCUCUUGUUCUUCACUAUUCUGGGGAUGAAGCUUUAUUCCUACCAGGAAACAAAUCGUUGGUAUCGUCUGGCUCAUUUAGAGAAAGAUCAGAAUGGACCUGCAUCACAGAAACACCACAAUGAGCAUCUGACAUUCAGAGAGCUCUAUUAUUUCCUCCUCGCCCCCACUCUCUGCUUCCAGAGGGGCUUCCCCUGCUGUCCUAACGUCCGCAUUAAUAAGCUGCUUCACAGACUGAUAGAAAUGGUGGUGGUUGUCCAGAUCAUGGUUGGCAUUGUGCAGCAGUGGAUUGAACCCAUCUUCCAGAGAUCAGAAAUCUCAUUCUCUAGCAUGGCCAUCACUACGAGGGUGGAGCACCUCGUGGGGCUGGUGGCACCGACCCACUUCCUGUGGCUCCUCUUCUUCUUUUUGACUCAUUCAUACCUGAACUUCUGUGCAGAACUGCUGCGCUUUGGUGAUCGCCAUUUUUAUGGAGACUGGUGGAACGCUACAACUUUGAUUGCUUUCUGGAAGAACUGGAAUAUUCCCUUUCAGAGGUGGUGUCACAGACACAUUUACACUCGUCUGGUGGAGAGGAAUGUUUCCCCAUCACAUGCCGAGUUGCUGGUUUUCCUGAUGUCUGCUGCGCUUUGUGAGUAUAUGAUUGCUCUGCCACUGCAUAGCUGCCGUCUGUGGAUCUUUCUCAUGAUGGUGUUUGAGCUCUUGGUCGCAGUAUUCCUCCGAAACUAUUUCCAGGGAAACUAUGGCAACGGUUUAGUGUGGCUGUUCCUGCUGCUGGGCCCUCCUCUAGCUGUGGCCACUUACUUUCACGACCACUACGUCAGCCUCCGCGUUAACCGUCAGCAUCGCCCGUCACAGUCACCACCAACAUCAGAGCGGAGAGUUUUCCUGCAGCUUCACUGACUGAGUGAAGGCAGUCUAGCAGAUA